AUAUCAGUGGAAUUCUAAUUCUAUGGUGUUCUCAAUAAAUGUCGAAACAAAAUUCUGAGCUAAACUAAGUCAAGUUACUAGUUAGUUAGUUACAGCACAGAUGCAGAGCCGUAAAACUCCCUCAAAAAUACAAAGAUGACAAGCUUGCUAUGUAAAAAUAUUUGCAAUCCAGGUAGAUCCAUUGCAAGAGGUAUUCUACUGCAGCACCAUCUCCAGUCACGUCCACUCUGGGGGAUGUUAAAUGCUGUCUUUAAUCAGGUAGACCGAUCCAGAAUCAAAGAGGUAGGUCCAGACCGAGCUGCAGCAGAAUGGUUGUUGAGAUGUGGAGCAUCUGUGAGGUUCAACAAUUUUGAGAGGUGGACAGUAGAUUACAAUCUUUUGCCGACUGGAGGCAGAGACAAACUCAAGAUUUUUGAAGUUGAUGCAACAGAUUCAUCGAUCAUGCACAUUGGCUUUGAACACUUUGAGGGAAUAAAACACCUUCGAUAUCUGAAGCUUCACCACUGCACCUAUCUACAGGACAUGUGUGUCUCCAAGCUAGUGCUUCUCAAAGACUCUCUUGAAGAACUUCAAAUAAGCAGCUGUGGUGAUGUCACAGAUAAGGGGCUUGCAACACUCAAUCACCUUCAUAAACUGGAGAAGUUGUUUCUGUGUGACCUCCCAGCUGUGAAGGACAUGGAAGGGAUCAUUAAGAUUCUUGGAUCGGCUUUGCCAAACUGUGAAAUCAGGUAUCUUUCUCUGGAAGGACUCAAAGAUUUAAAGAGACUUGGUAAAGAUAAUAUCAGAGAGACUUUCGAUACAUAGAAGAUUCAUAUUUCCUAUGCAUAAUGAGUGUUGUGAUUGUUUCCAGCCCAGGAGAUGAGUGAUCUCAUCCUGCAUGAGGACUUGAAUUGACUUCCCAACAGGAAGGGUUGUUCUUCCAUGACUAGUAUGGCAUUUCUUCUGUGAAGGACAAGGCCAAGCAAUAUUCUCAGAUCAAACCUUCUAAACUGAAAUAAAUCUCAUUUUUGUCUCACCUGCAUAGCAGAGUGAGACUAUAGGCGCCGCUUUUCCGACGGCGGCGGAGGCGUCAACACCAAAUCUUAAUCGAAGGUUAAGUUUUUGAAAUGACAGCAUAACUUAGAAAGUAUAUGGACCUAGUUCAUGAAACUUUGCCAUAAGGUUAAUCAAGUAUUACUGAACAUCCUGCCUGAGUUUCAGGUCACAUGACCAAGGUCAAAGGUCAUUUAGGGUCAAUGAACUUAGACCAUGUUGGGGGAAUCAACAUCAAAAUCUUAAACUAAGGUUAAGUUUUUGAAAUGACAGCAUAACAAAAAAAAAUAUAUGGACCUAGUUCAUGAAACUUGGAACUAAUGUUAAUCAAGUAUUACUGAACAUCCUGCCUAAGUUUCAAGUCACAUGACUAAGGUCAAAGGUCAUUUAGGGUCAAUGAACUUUGGCCAAGUUGGGGGUAUCUGUUGAAUUACCAUCAUAACUUUGAAAGUUUAUAGAUCUGAUUCAUGAAACUUAGACAUAAGAGUAAUCAAGUAUCACUGAACAUCCUGUGCAAGUUUCAGGUGACAUGACUAAGGUCAAUGAACUUUGGCCAAGCUGGGGGUAUUUGUUGAAUUAUCAUCAUAACUUUCAAAGAUUAUAUAGUUUAUAAAAUGUGGAUAUAGGGGUAAUCAAGUAUCACUGAACAUCCUGUGCGAGUUUCAGGUCACAUGACUAAGGUCAAAGAUUAAUGGUCUUUGAUCAUGUUGGGGGUAUUUGUUAAAUAACCAUCAUAACUCUGAAAGUGUAUGGAUCUAGUUCGUAAAACUUGGACAUAAGAGUAAUUAAGUAUCAUUUAACAUCUCAUGGGAGUUUUAGGUCACAUGACCAAAGUCAAAGGUCAUUGAACUUUGGCCAUUUUGUAGGUUAUUAUUAGAUUGCUGUCGUAACUUUCAAAGUUUAUAGAUAUAGUUUAUAAAAUGUGGCUAUAGGGGUAAUCAAGUAUCACUGAACAUCCUGUGCGAGUUUCAGGUCACAUGACUAAGGUCAAAGAUUAAUGGUCUUUGAUCAUAUUGGGGGUAUUUGUUAAAUAACCAUCAUAACUCUGAAAGUGUAUGGAUCUAGUUCAUAAAACUUGGACAUAAGAGUAAUUAAGUAUCAUUUAACAUCUCAUGGGAGUUUUAGGUCACAUGACCAAAGUCAAAAGUCAUUGAACUUUGGCCAUUUUGUAGGUUAUUAUUAGAUUGCUGUCAUAACUUUCAAAGUUUAUAGAUAUAGUUUAUAAAAUGUGGAUAUAGGGGUAAUCAAGUAUCACUGACAAGUCUUAGGUCGCAUGAUCAAGGUCAAAUGUCAUUUAUUGUCAAUGAACGUAGUAUUGUAUCAUUAUAUGAAUGGUAUUUUGGUGAAUAAUCAUUUUAUAGUAGUUUUCAAAGACAGCACUGCUGCUAUAUUGAAUUGCAGGUGAGACUGCCAGAGGCAAUCCACUUGUUGAAGGGUUUAAAUCUAGAAACGUUCCUGUCACUGAUUUUCACUCAAGCAAUUUGUUGAUAAUUUCAUAUUGUGAGGUAGUAAGUGUAAAGCCUUAGUUCAUCUUGAUAGCAUAUUUUUGUUAACUUUCUUGGAAUUGAAAAACUAAUUAAGAAAAAGAAAUAUACAAAAUAACAGAAUUGGCCAUGUAGAAAACCUGUCCAAAGCAAUUUGGGAAAUCUCAUUUAGCACGAGAAAGGGGUCACCCGUCAUGCUUAAAGUCAUGCAUAACUUACCAACAUUUUUAUAAAACACCAACCAGGUACAUGACUAAAGAUGAAGAGCUCAGGCAAAUGAUUAAUAACUGUAAUGGACUAACAAGCUUGAGUCUUUCCUUGUUAAAUGAAACUUACUCUGUUGCUUGAUUUUUGACAACUUUACAAUCAAAAGUUUAAUGAAAUUUCUACAAAAAUGUUCUUUAAAAGUUCACUAACUUUUCAUAUUCAUUUCAUGCAAUAAAGUUCAAGUAUAAAGAGGUUCUCAAGACCAUAAACUAUCUUGUUAUAACAGAAGAAAUUUCAUGUUUUAAUGGUAAUUAGAAGACAAAGUUCUGGAAUUAGGAGUGGUGUUUGUCUAUACCAUUUUAUACCCUUAAACUUGUGUUCUAUUGUGAUUUUUUCAAAUCAUUAUUAUUAAAGUCAGUUGAAUGACAAGAUAUUGUGGAACGGCCAAUAUACAUAUGUGGAAAUUUCAUAGUCAGAUGUGUACAUAAUAUUGGUGGUAUUAAAGCAUUUGGGUUGUGAGUGAAAAAUUAGCAUGAUUGCUUUAAAUACCUUGGAAAUAUACAAAAAGUAUAUAUAUAUCCCUUUGUGGUCUUGUGAAGAAUCAACAUUAUUGUAUGAGCUGUUAUUUUUGCGGGGGUUUUAUUUCGCGGAUUCACGAAUUAACACGAAAAUAUUGACACAUUUAGUAAUCAUUGUCAAUGUCCCCAACAGCAAAGGCAUGUCAGCAUGGGGGCUUUGAGGAGCAUAUUUUUGCACAUGUUUUGCACUAUUUUUGCUUCUCUGAAAUGCUAUGGAAGUGUUUAGUGCAUCUUCCGAUCGCGAAUUCAACAACCCACGGAAAUGUUGAGACCCCCGCGAUACGCAAAAAUAACAGCUUAUACAGUAUGCUUCCUUUUAGAGACACUGAAGAGCAGUGGUUGAACAUAAAUAUGCUUUUGAGUAUUUAUUCUUGUAUAAUUGUUACGAAGGACUCACAUCUCUAGAAGUAUGAUUUUGAUUGGGACUUAAAGAAUUAUAGUUUAAAAAAUCAACAACAUAGGAAUGGAAAAUAAUCUUGCCACCUGACUUGUAUUCUACUGUUAUUAGGCCCUAUAAUGUAUUUGUUAUGUUCAAAAUUAUAACAAACAACAAUGAAAGAGGCAUCAGAACAUUUUUUUCAAAGUUGUAGAAAAUUUAUUUGAAUAAAUAUAUCUCUAUCUCAUAUAACAAAUACAUCACAUCACAGUGGACAUCUUUUGAAAUAACAGAAUGCAAUUCUGUAUUUGAGGCUAAGGAGUUGCAAGAAAAUUUGUUCGCAAUCGGCUCUUUAGAAAUUAUAAGUGAUAGACCCAUUUUCACGAGAGCAAAUCAAUUUAUUUUCUGUUGAAUGAAGCAGAACAGCAGUUCAUUGCAAACUGUAAGUAACUGUAAAGUAAACCAUAUGAUUGAUUUUUGGAACCUAAAAUUGAUAAGUAAUACCUCAGUCACAUAUGCUCUACGGCAGCCUUAUGGCGAGUCGAAAACAGCCAUUUUAUUUAUUUCUAUUCAAACCACAUAUAUGUAGCUGGUACAAAACAAUGUUAAAACGGCCGUUUUCGACUCGCUGUAGAGCAAAUGUAACUGAGGUAUUAGUUGCAAUUGUUUGCCUGUUUCUGGCAAUGCUCCCUUGAAGCCUACAUCAGUCUGUAGGACAUGUCCUAAAUCACAAUGUUCAUGACUGACCACUCAAUCAUCUCUGAUGUAUGUGUUUAUCCAUCAAGUGAGAACGGAAUGUAAUUGGCUGGCUUUCUCUAUAAAAGCACUGGGUAAAUAAAAUCUUUAUGCAAAUCAUAUUAAAAUCAUUUCCAUUUCAAUUCACUUUCCCCCUUGCUAUUAUCAUUUGUUUCAAAUUGGAAAUCCUAACUGCAAAAGAUGUAGUGAACAAAAUACACAUUAAAUAUUUAAAUGGCAAACUUGUCAGCAAUGUUUUGUAAAUUAUAUGCAUAAACAUAACUUUAUCAAGAUUUGAAGAGUCAUGCAAUGAAAGAGAUAUUGCUUUGAAUAAGAUUAAAAAACAAGAGAGUUGAAGUUGUUGACUUUGGACAAAACCUUUAAUCACCAACAUAAAGAUAUAAUGAGGUGAUUGUCAUAGAUAUGCUUUAAUAAUGUGAAUCAACAGGACAUGAAAUGCUGAAAUGGAUGGCUCAAGUCUGUUGUGCUUGGAGAGGAUAUUUUGGGGUCACAAAACCUGCCAUGUACUGAUUCAUAACCUUUGAUGUUGAACAAAACUCUGGACAUCAUUGUUCACAUUAAAAUGAUAUAAGUUAGAA